AUGGCCUGGAUCUUCGGCGACGUCGACGGCGAUGAGACCUCGCCGCCGGCCUUGUCGUGCAGCUGUGCAUCCAGCGGAUUGGCGCGCUUCAGGGUUCUUUGGACGGGGAGGCUGCCAGACCAAGCCCACUCACGCAUCACAGAAGCAAAGCACCGACUACUUGGAAGAAAAACCAUAGCCUCUGCGGCGCUCUUGGUCCUCCUCGCCUUGCCCAUCAUGCAGCCGCAGACGGCGUCGUUCGAGAAGGAGACGCAUUUUAAGGUGUAUUGGCACGACUUGAUGAACGGACUAACGUCGGCUCUGGUGGCAUGCACGGGCAUGACCAACACCUCCAAAACAGCCUUCGGCGUGGUGCUGGUCAUCGACAACCCGCUCACCGAGGGGCCCAGCCUCAACUCAUCCAGGCUCAUGGGCACGUACAUCGCCGUCAGCAAGGACCAGCUAGUGAUGCUCAUGAACUUUGUCUUCACCGCCGGGAAGUACAACGGCAGCAGCGUCAUCAUUAUUGGUCGGAAUGUUGCGUUCACCAAGGUCCUUGAGAUGGCUGUCGUCGGCGGUACCGGCAUCUUCAGGUUGGCUCGCGGGUACGCGCAGGGCAGGACGCACACCUUAGUUCUCAAGGCCGGCGACGCCACCGUCGAGCACAACAUAUUCAUCAGGCACUAG